AUGAGGGUCUCCCAGGACCGGGCCCUGGCUGGCGAGCAGACCGAGGCCCACCGUGCUCCUGUCCUGGGCUUCACAGGUGACGACUCCAUCAGCACCUUGGGCCUGAUCCUCUGCGUGGGGCUGUCGCUGCUGCUCGUGUCCAUCCUGGGCUACAGCCUGGCCAAGUGGUACCAGCGCGGGUACUGCUGGGAGGGACCUAAUUUUGUCUUCAACUUGUACCAAAUCCGGAACCUGAAGGAUCUGGAGAUGGGUCCUCCCUUCACCAUCAGUGGCCACAUUAGCAGUUCAGAUGGAGGCUACAUGAAGUUCUCAGACAGGCUGGUCUGA